CUCCAGCACCGAGGGGGUGUUGCCUCCAAGUGGCCAUAUUGAAAGGAGUGCGAGUCUGUGCCUGUGUGAUGUGGAGAGCAGGUCUGGCUGAAGACUCAUAAUUUCUGCACACAGCCACUUCUGACGAUGGCGGCCACUGAGGUAGAUGUUUUCGCAAAUGAAGCAAAGCGAAACCUGGAGCUCGGAGGCCACGUGGGGUUUGACAGUCUUCCAGAUCAGCUGGUCAGCAAAUCAGUUGCUCAGGGAUUCUGCUUUAACAUCCUAUGUGUAGGUGAGACAGGGAUAGGCAAGUCAACAUUGAUGAACACUCUUUUCAAUACAACAUUUGAAAACGAGGAAGCCAGCCACUAUGAGAGUGAGGUACAUCUUCGCCCCCAAACGUAUGAUCUGCAGGAGAGCAAUGUCAACCUGAAGCUGACCAUUGUGCACACUGUAGGGUUUGGAGACCAGAUCAACAAAGAAGAAAGCUAUAAACCCAUUCUCGAGUAUAUUGAUGCCCAGUUUGAAAGGUACCUUGAGGAAGAACUAAAAAUAAAACGUUCCCUGUUUAACUACCACGACACAAGAAUCCACAUCUGCCUGUACUUCAUCGCUCCCACUGGACACUCCCUCAAAUCCCUGGAUCUUGUCACAAUGAAGAAACUGGACAGCAAGGUUAACAUCAUCCCUGUCAUUGCAAAGGCAGACACAGUAUCCAAGAGUGAACUGGACAAAUUAAAGAUCAAGAUUAUGAGUGAGCUGGUCAGCAAUGGAGUGCAGAUUUAUCAGUUCCCCACAGAGGAUGAGGCUGUUGCAGAGAUCAACUCCUCCAUGAAUACGCAUCUUCCCUUUGCUGUGGUUGGAAGUGUAGAAGACGUUAAAGUAGGAAAUAAGAUGGUGAAAGCAAGAUUGUACCCGUGGGGAUCAGUACAGGUGGAGAAUGAAAACCAUUGUGAUUUUGUGAAGCUGAGGGAGAUGCUACUGCGUGUGAACAUGGAGGAUCUCCGGGAGCAAACACAUGCUCGACACUAUGAACUCUACCGUCGCUGCAAGCUGGAAGAGAUGGGCUUCAAGGACACAGACCCAGACAGCCAGUCGUUCAGCCUUCAGGAGACAUAUGAAGCCAAGAGGAAGGAGUUCCUUGUGGAGCUGCAGCGCAAAGAGGAAGAAAUGAGGCAGAUGUUUGUCAACAAAGUGAAGGAGACAGAAGCAGAGCUGAAAGAAAAGGAAAAAGAGCUUCAUGAGAGGUUUGAGCAGCUCAAGCGGAUGCACCAGGAUGAAAAGAAGAAUCUGGAGGAGAAAAGACGAGAACUGGAAGAGGAGACGAAUGCCUUCAAUAGAAGAAAGGUUGCAGCUGAGACACUGAUGGGACAGGCACUGCAAGGCUGCUCACAACAGCCGUUCAAGAAGGACAAGGACAAGAAGAAUUGAUUUUUGGAUCAAACAUCCAGGGAACCAGGAAUGUGUCUGCCAUCAGCAUGGGAAAAAGAGACUGUCAUAUCUGGCAUAACUUACUGACACUGUAUGUGUGGACUCAGUGACACAGUGACUAUGCACGUAUGUGAGCCUGAAUAAUGGGAUGGCUAUAAGCCGCUGUGUACUUAUGGAUCAAAAAGGUAGCUUUGCUCAGUGUAUUUAAUUUGUUCCUAUUGCUGACUCUGCUAGACACAUAAUAACAAAUCCAUGGACUGUUUUCAUAAGAUGUAGCUUGUGUUUUUUCGUGUUCUCUCCAUGAAUGUGUGUUCAUCUCCUGUUAUAAAUUGAAGUCUGUUUCUCAGCGAGACACUGACGGGACUUAUGAGAGACAGUCAGUUACUGACUGAAGUGGAAUGGUCUGCAAUAUUUUUUUUAAAUAUAGAAUGUCUAAUAAUGUAUAUAAAAAUGUUGGCAAUAGUUUUUUUAAUUGUUGGUAGUCUGGGGUAAGAUAAUUUAACUGUCUAACCCUCAUUCUAUGCAAAUUUCUAAAUAAAAUAAUUGAAUUUAUUUACGGUGAGUCUGGAAAUGAGCAAAUAUUUUUGCCUUCAUUUACAUUCAAAUAAAGAAUGACAAUGAUAAACCAAGUAGAGCAUCAGUUCAUCUGUUGGUUAGCUAAACCCAUACCCCUUAAUUGUCUCAGUUCUCUGAGACAUCCCUUCACCUCAAUCAGUUGUAUGAUUCAAAGCAUUUCAUAUUUCACCUUUUGUCAUCAUUACAUACCCAAACAUGGUUUUCUGAUACUUGAACAGUGUUUCUGUAACAGCGUUAUCCAUUGAAUUCAGUUCUGCUUUUGCUUUCAGCCAGUGGCAACAAACGGGAUAAAUAACAAAAUGCUUAUUAAACUUUGUUAUCAUUUGCACUAAAAUCCAGUUGUACAUAUCUUGUUGAGGUUUGUCCUGUGAUGUUAAUAUGAAUAUGUAGAGUUGCUUGUCCAGAUAAAUGACAUGGUUUUUCUUUCCUUUUCAUAGCUUCUUUAGUCUUCCGUCUGCGUGCUCCUUAACCUCAGGAAGGAAUUUGAAUUAGAAGACUUUCUACCACAUCAAAAGAUCACAGACUAACAGUCAAGGUUAUUAUUUUUACAAUAUGAAAUAACAGUUUUAUAGAAAUGCACUUAACAUCCCUGGAAGUGAGUCGGACUGCAGUCUUCCAUGUCUACUAAACUCUCCUUUAAAAUUUUAAGCAGUGCUUUGUAGCAUGGUCUCCGCAUGGAUCUUAACCUUCAUUCCUACAAGUAUUAAAAGAUCUGCAUCACCAAAAUUUCAGUUUUUGUACUAAAUGUGCUACUUUCUCUCAUCUGCCAUGUUAUGCCUGUAGUUUUUGUCUGAUGACAGUUUACACUGUGAAAUAUAUAUUAUAGAGUGAAAUAUAUAUUAUGAUUUACAAGCACUUUAAAUCAAUCAUAGUACAUAUUUAGUCAUUAUAAAAGGUGCCCUGUCAUGCUUACAUGUCAGCCCCUAUGUUGUGUCUAACAGAUCUAGUUGAAAGUAUUUCUUAGUUUUAAAUUUAAUCCAUAUAUACUACUGUUACAUGAAAAAAGCCUGGAUGUAUAUAAAUUCAGGAUUAAAUCUCUUAAUGUCAGUAGAUCUGUAUUGGGAGUCUGAGUGGGCCCACUUGCAGAUUUGUAUAUCCUUGUGUAAUAAAGAAUUUCUUUAUUGAAA